GUGCAAAAUGUCCAUGUGGAGUUUCGUCGUGUUUUACAUCUGUGUUUACGGUGUGUUUGGUGUUGAUACAGAUGAAGUGAAGUCAGUGUCAGUGAUGGAGGGAGAUUCUGUCACUCUACACACUGAUGUUACUGAAGUACAGAGAGAUGAUCAGAUAAUCUGGAGGUUCGGACCUGAAAAUGCACGCAUUGCUGAAAUCUAUAAACUCAAUAGCCCUAAAUAUGAUAGAAUCGAGAGAUUCAGAGACAAUCUAGUGCUGGACAGAAGGACUGGAUCUCUCACUAUCAGAAACAUCAACAAAUCAGCAACACAAGGACAUCACACAAGAGAUCUCACAAUCACUGUCUAUACUCCUGUUACAACAGCUACUGUCAGUAGGAGCUCACUAUUGAGAGAAGGUGAAACUUCAGGCAAUAUGAACGACUUCUCAACUGGCCAAUCACAGACUGCUUCUCGUCUCCCGAUUCCCGUCAUCAUCAUCAGAGACUCUUCUCAAUGUUCUUCAAGCUCUGAAUGUGUGUUGGUGUGUUCAGUGGUGACACACGUGACUCUCUCCUGGUACAAAGGAAACAGUUUAUUGUCCUCCAUCAGUGUGUCUGAUCUCAACAGCAGUCUCUCUCUACCUCUGGAGGUGGAAUAUCAGGAGAACAACAUCUACAGUUGUGUAGUGUCCAAUUCAUUCACCAACCUGACCAAACAUCUCAACAUUUCUGAAGACUGUCAGACGUGUUCAGAGUUCCACUGUUGCAGUGCUACUGAAGCUGUGGUGCGAUUGGUCAUCUCUGCUCUGGUGGGUGUGGCUGCUCUGGCUCUAGUGGUUUAUGAAUUCAAAUUUAGAGAAGCAGGAGAAGAGAGUGCAGCAAUCACAGCACACUUGAUGGCGCUGUUGUUGAAAAACAGUGAAUUUACAGUGUGACACCGCCCCAGAUGAAGCUCUUGACAACAUAUAAAUCUGCCAAAUUAUCUUUUAAUGUU